UCAUUUCAGUGUGCAGAGCUAAGAUCCUAUAGGAUAUUUGGUGCAGGGUGGGUGGGGAGAGGCUGGGUGACGACCUAUGUGUGUGCAGCCACUGCUGUUUCAGUGUGGGGGUGGAAAUAGAUGGUGCAAGUUUUUAAUUUGACCAAGCAUUUGUGCAGCUCAUGCAUAUUGAGGUUGGAUGCUUUCACAAGCCGCGCACAUACACACACACAUACAUAUACACGCAUACACACGCACACAUAUAUAUGCAUGUAAUUUACAAGGAGGGUGAGCAAGCAAGGGUGGAGAGAGCGUCUUGAACCUGCUUUCAAAAAAGUACCAGCGGUUCUCUGCUGGAGAAAGGAGAGAGAGAGAGAAGAAAUAGAGAAAUAGAUAUAGAGAGGCCUCGGUAAAGUGAAUGUCCCUGCUCAAGGAGCGGACCUGCUGGCGUUGUUGAGGGGAGAGGGUAGCAUGUCUCGGUAUAACGCGUGCAUCUUGCUGGACUGGGCUUACGGAGGUGUAGAUUCCCGGCUAGCAGGGAAUGGAGGGGCCGAGUGCGUGGCGUUCCUGCCCCAGAGCCAGCGCUGGCUGGAAAGUCUGGUGUUUGUCACCCUCUCCCUGCUGGAGAUGGCCCUGGCCAUCGGCAAGAUCAGGCGGCAGGGACUCAGCGUGGACCUCCACAAACAAGACGAGAGCCUGGGCAAGAACCUGCUCCUUGUGGCUCUGUGCCUGACCUUUGGGGUUGAAGUUGGCUUCAAGUUCGCCACCAAGACUUUGAUCUUCCUGCUGAACCCGUGUCACGUCGUCACCAUGCUACAGAUCUUUCUCCUUGCAUGUCCUCCCUGUAGAAUUGCUCUAAUUGUUUUCAGGUUGCAGAUGCACAUGUUAAAUGGAGCAUUGCUGGCGUUGCUCUUCCCUGUCGUUAAUACCAGGCUGUUGCCGUUUGAGUUGGAGAUCUAUUACAUCCAGCACGUCACACUUUAUAUCGUUCCUGUUUAUCUGCUCCAGAAAGGGGGCAUGUACCAGCCUGAACCGCUGGGCGAUUUCUGGUGGGCUCUGCUUGCUACGGGACUCCUGUUCUUCUACCAUUUUGCCUUUUUGCAGAUCCUCGGAUUGGUCACGGAAGUCAACCUGAACAACAUGCUUUGCCCUGCGGUAUCGGACCCCUUCCACAGCUCCUGGUAUCGGAUCUGGGCAUCGGGACAUCAAACCCUGAUGACGGUGACACACGGGAAGCUGGUCACGUCCUUGUUUUACGCCGCCACCCCAGCCCGCAAGUAUCUGGUGGACGUGAUCAAACUGCCCCUCAAGAAAUUCGUUUGAGAACCAUCGCGGUAAAACUUUCCCGACAAUGCGUGCGGCGCUGAGGCGGAGGGCCGGCGACGGAGAUUGAGAGAAGAUUCAGAAAGGUGGAUUCGGAAGAAAAAUCACUUUGGCUGCAGCCAUGGAGUUGCCUUAAGGAAUAUUUAUCUGAAAUUAUUUUGUACUUUUUUUCUCUCCACGAUCUAAUGAAAAUGACUCUGCGUCAAGGUUUAAGACUUCAGAUUUUGUGACAAAAAAGGGAGAUUAUUGUCAUACAAAAUGAUUUUGCAGUGAAAGAUACAGGAGCGUGUUGUGUCAAAUACAUUUCACAUUUCUGCUCUUUGUCUCAGUCAUCUCCCCUGGCCCAAUACCUCUCCAUCUGCAUUUCAAAUGACUCGUCCACCUAAUACGUCCACAAUAUUGAUGGAAAAUUGAUUCUGUUUCAUAGUUAUAGAGUCAUUCAGCGUGGAAACAGGCCCUUUGACCCAACCUGCCCGAGCCGACCAACAUGUCCCAUCUACACUCGUUCCACUGCCUGCGUUAGGUCCACAUCUCUCUAAACCCGAUCUAUCCAGGUACUAUGCACUAAUGGCACUAUGCA